UUGGAUUACGCUAAAACCGAAGAAGCCAAAGUUUGAGAGGCCAAGAAGAAGAGAGCUUCGUACUUGUACAUGACUUCUUCAUUUCGAUUUUUGGGAAUUUACAGUUGAGGAUGAGCAAUAAUCGGUGGAACUGGGAAGUGGCGGGUUUCGAGCCCAAGAAAUCCGUGGAGCAGAGCCAGAGAGAUGAUUACCGGAGGGUGCCUCGCCGCUACUCGACCUCGAUAUCGUCGCAGUCCGACCUCGCCAACCAAGUCGUCAUCUCCAAGCUCCUACGCUUGAACGACAAACUCAAGGUCACUAUUCUGAAUCUUGUGUCUGUUGGUUAUAUUCUUAUUGAUGUCCAGCACACUGUCUUGCAUACGGACGAUCAUCUCAAAAUGAUAUAUAUCAGUUCUGAUCAGGCUGCCCUUGAAACAGAAGCUAGAAUCUUUCCACUGCUAUCUGAGAAGAAAAAGCUGUUUAAUGACUUAUUGACAGCCAAAGGAAAUGUAAAGGUGUUUUGUCGAGUAAGACCUCUCUUCGAGGAGGAAGGCCCAGAUAUCGUAGAAUUUCCUGAUGAUAAUACCCUUCGGAUAAACACUGAAGAUGAAAGUCUCUCCAAUCCAAAGAAGGAUUUUGAGUUUGACAGGGUCUAUGGGCCUCAUGUUGGACAAGCCGAUCUCUUUGCUGAUAUUCAGCCCUUUGUUCAGUCAGCAUUUGAUGGAUUUAAUGUUUCUCUAUUUUCGUAUGGGCAGACCUCAUCAGGAAAGACACAUACUAUGGAAGGAUCUAGUCAUGAUCGUGGUCUGUAUGCUCGGUCUUUUGAGGAGCUCUUUGAUUUAUCCAACUCAGAUGCAACUUCUACUUCUCGAUAUAGUUUUUCAGUUUCAGUCUUUGAGCUUUACAAUGAACAGAUAACAGAUUUGCUUCUGGAAUGUGGAAGUACUCAACCAAAGGUCUAUGUUGGGUCACUGAAUUAUGUUUUAGAACUUGUCCAGGAAAAAGUUGAGAAUCCUUUAGAGUUCAACAGGAUUCUCAAAACAGCUUUUCAGAACCGAGGAACUGACACCUUGAAGUUUAAAGUUUCUCAUCUGAUUGUGUUUAUACACAUAUACCAUAAAAACUUGAUCACAGGUGAAAACACAUACAGCAAGCUUUCCCUAGUUGAUUUGGCUGGAAGUGAAAGUACGGGUGUAGAGGAUGAAACUGGGGAACGUGCAACGGAAUUGCUGCAUGUCUUAAAAUCCCUCUCAGCAUUGGGUGAUGUUUUGGCAUCCUUAACUUCAAUGAAGGAUGAUAUUCCAUAUGAGAACUCAAUGCUGACAAAAGUUCUUGCAGAUUCACUAGGUGGAAGCUCAAUAACAUUGAUGAUUGUUAACAUCUGCCCUAAUGUACCCAACAUGUCUGAGACACUAUCUUCGCUUAAUUUUUCUUCUAGGGCCCGAAAUGCUAUGUUAAGCCUUGGUAAUCGAGAUACAAUCAAGAACUGGAAAGAUAUUGCCAAUGAUGCACGUAAAGAAUUGCUCGAAAAGGAAAAGGAAGCCAGUGAAUUGAAGCUGGAAAGCAUGGGCCUAAAACAAGAUUUGAAGCUUGCAAAUGACCAGUGUGUUCUGCUCUUCAAUGAAGUUCAGAAAGCUUGGAAAGUUUCUUUCACAUUGCAGUCAGAUUUGAAGACAGAGAAUAUUAUGCUUGCGGAUAAGUUUAAGGUAGAAAAGGAUCAGAACCUGCAACUAAGGAACCAAGUAACUCAGUUUUUACAAGUGGAGCAAGAACAGAAAUUGCAGAUUGAAGAAAAGGAAUCAGCAAUUCAAAUGUUGCAGGCCAAACUGAAGAAUGUUGAGUCACAAUUGAACGAGGCUCGUGAAACUAGGACAACAAAUGGCUCUAUAUCGCAAGCUGAAGAGAAUUCAAGCAGCAAAGACACAGGGGACGACAUGGAUUCUGCUGCUGUUACUAAGAGACUUGAAGAUGAACUGAAGAAACGGGAUGCACUCAUUGAGGUUUUUGGUUUCAUUAUUUGGCAGAGGUUGCAUGAAGAGAAUGAGAAGUUGUUUGAGAGACUAACAGAAAAAGCUUCUUCAGCUGGACCUCCACAGGUAUCAAGCCCAUCUUCCAAGGCACCACUUAGUCAGUCUCGUGACUUGCAAAGGAACGAAAACGCCAACGCCAAAGGACACGCUGGUGAUGGUGUUUCACCUUUGGCUUCUGAAAAGACUGAGAGAGCUAUUACAUUGGUUAAGACUGGUACUGACAUUGUCAAAACUACACCAGCUGGCGAAUAUCUUACUUCUGCUCUAAAUGAUUUUGAUCCUGAGCAAUAUGACAGCCUCGCUGCAAUCUCAGAUGGGGCUAACAAGCUCUUGAUGCUGGUACUGGCUGCAGUCAUUAAGGCAGGAGCUUCUAGAGAGCAUGAAAUCCUUGCUGAAAUAAGAGAUGCUGUUUUUGCUUUUAUUCGUAAAAUGGAGCCCAGAAGAGUGAUGGAUACCAUGCUCCAUAAGGAUAUUGCUGGUACUUUGGCGACUGAAGCAGCGGAAGACUCUGCUCAAGUAGCUAAGCUACGUUCAGCUCUUGAAUCUGUUGAUCACAAGAGAAGAAAGAUUUUACAACAAAUGAAAAACGACGCGGAGAUGUUAAGUUUAGAAAGUGGCGCUGCACCUAUUCGGAAUCCUUCCACUGCUGCUGAAGAUGCAAGGCUAGCGUCGUUAAUCUCCCUCGACAGCAUACUGAAGCAAGUCAAGGAUAUAAUGAGGCAAGCUUCUGUCAAUGCACUGAGUAAGAGCAAGAAGCGAUCAAUGCUCGUCUCUCUAGACGAACUUUCCGAACAGAUGCCUUCUUUACUUGACAUUGACCAUCCGUGCGCUCAAAGCCAUAUUUCAGAAGCUCGGGAUGCUGUAGAGUCGACUGCAGAAGAAGAUAAGCUUCUGGAGGCACCACCUCCCGGCACCAAAUUUUCCGCAGACGCGACGCUCAGUUCUGAAACCGACGUGGCACAGUGGAACGUGCUGCAGUUCAACACGGGCUCCACGACUCCCUUCAUAAUCAAAUGUGGAGCCAACUCCAAGUCGGAGCUGGUCGUGAAGGCAGAUGCGCGGGUGCAGGAACCCAAGGGUGGGGAGAUUGUGCGAGUUGUUCCAAGACCGACUGUCCUGGAGCAUAUGAGCCUGGAGGAGAUGAAGGACGUGUUUGCGCAGCUCCCGGAGGCUCUGAGCCUGCUUGCUCUUGCUAGAACGGGAGAUGGAACCAGAGCUCGAUAUUCCAGACUGUACAGAACUCUGGCCAUGAAGGUUCCUGCACUAAGGGACCUAGUUGGUGAAUCAUAUCUAACGUAA